CAGCUCUAUUCCGGGUAAUCAUUUUAUGGAUUGUUUUCCUUCGCAUUAAACCCGGAUCGUAAAUGACAGCGAACUUCAUUGUAGUUGAAUUGAUAUCGAGUGACAGGAGCGUUACAUGUAAAAUGGAAUAUUUUCGUCCUUUUCAAUAUAUACAAGAAUAUAUUAAUAAUAAUUAGGUAAGGACCGGCCGAAAACAUCUAUUGUUAAUAUUAAGAGUGUAUUGUACCAUUGUAUUUGAACCGCGUCGAACAGAAUUCCGUGAUUGACGUUGCAUUUGUAAAAAAAAAAGAGAGUAGUUGUCCUCCAACCAUCUUCUAUUUAAUUAAUAUACAAGAUUUGUGUUUGCAAACAAUGUUUUAAGUAAGUAUCGUGCGAGUAACUAUACAAGGAGUGAGAGUGUUUGAGAAGAGAUAUUAAUAUGAACAUAAAACCUAAAUGCACUCGUGUUUAAUUUAACUGCUUAACCUGCUGAACGUUUAAAUCGGCUAUAAACAGUUUUAUAUUGAGGAGAUAAGCAGCAGCAAUAUUAUUAUUGCUGUGCAAGAGUGUUGUGUUUUGUGUUGAAGUGCGCAUAAUAUUAUUGAAUUUUUAUAAAUAUAAUAAUAUGGAACCAGUGGCACCGGGCACAGAGGAUGAAGUGCAAGUGGCACCGCUUGGGACCAAAAAGGUUUCUGAGCAGGAGCGUCUCUUGAAUGUCAAAGGCUACUUGCCGAAUGGAAAAUAUAGCACAGUCUUUGAGUUACGAUAUAACAAUGGCAAUGAGAGUUGGUAUUGCAAGGUGUGCAAGUGUCCCGUCAUGGGCAGAAUGUUCUACCAUGAAGGAGGACGUAGACACACCGUCAACAUGGCUAACUUCGAGGCUAAAUUCUCGUGGAAGGGCCCGACCAUUAUGCCGCAGCCAGAACCAGUGCAAGAAGAAGUGGCCUCCAUGAAAAUAGCGCCAGGCGAACCAGUGCCUCCUGGCUUUGAGGGAGAAAUAACUAAGGUCGCUCAGAUCCAGGAGCGUCUGGAUACUUUUCGCUCUGGAGCUCUGCUAGGCUUGGAGUACUUAUUGGAAAUACAGGAUUACGAUCUGGAGAAGGAACCCUCAUACUUAUGCUUAUUGUGCGGCAAGAAAGGAGAUCCACGUACUGUCAUAGCGCAUUUAGUUAGCUACAAUCACAUACAAGGCUACCUGCAAAGACAUUUCCCGAAGACCUAUCAGCUUUUGGCUCCAUACCACACGAGACAAUACAAGAAGAAUUACCAGGAGGCGCUUAACAAAAUAGGAGAUGCCAUUGAGGCUAAAUACGGGAGACUUCUUCCGCACCCGGUGGACCAGGAAUCGUUCGAGCGCAAGAAAGACGAGCUACAUCAGCUAAUCUUCAAUGGACCGCACUUUUCGGAAAAGAACGGUUAUACUUUUGAGAACAUGGUGGACACGAAAGAACUGACGAGAGUGACAGAAGUUGACCAUCCACGUAGGAACUCAAACAGUAUAGCUAACAGAUUUUCUAAUGAAUAUCGAAAACGGAGUCCCAGCCCUCCCAUAGUUCACACACACGCACAAAGGUUGAAAAUGACGGACAAGAAGUCCAGGAGAAAAUCGUUGAGCAGCGUUUCAAGCAUAUCGAGCAGUGAUCUGAGCGACUACGAUGAUAGUCCACGCAGCAGAAGGUACUCGUCUAGGCGACGAAGCCGAAGUAGAAGUCCGCGAUCACGUUACUCACGGCGGUCAAUUUCACCGCUCCCCAGAAACAACAAACGUGAAGUAAAUAUGCCUUGGAACCGACCGGACUACAUACAGUCCAGGCACGAGAAAAUCCAAGAUCAGAGCAAGAAUAAAGUAGAGAAAAUGGAAGAGUUUAAAAGGUUAUCGGCGAUAGUAGAGAAAGACCUGCAGAAGGAAUUAAACCAGCAUCAAAACAACCCAGAGAAACAUCCUCAGUAUAAUGACGAGUGGAAGAUAUUCUGGAAUAAGCGUUAUAAAGAACUGCAGGCUGAGGGAAAAGACGCCGCGAAGUACGAUUUUAAACCGGAGUGGAUUAUUUAUUGGAACGAUAAAAUAGUGGAACUACAUAAGAUUGAACUUAAAACAAAACUUGACGACCUGCGAAGAAGGUUUGGACUUCCUGUUGGUGAGCCUGUUAGUUUUAGGAUCGGUAAGAAAGGAACCAGACCGGUACCGAUAGCCGCGCAACCUGACCAAGAUCACGAGGUGAUCAUUAUCGAGGAUAAAGAUGAUUCGCCUGUGCGAUCACGCAGCCCGUGGGAAUCUGAUUCUUAUAAUUCGCGUAGGAAGAAUUCGAAAGAUCGCGAUAAGCGCUCACUGGACAGAAUCAGUAAUGAUUCUAGGAGGAGGGAUCGAAGCUGGGAAAGAGACCGAUACAACAGGAGCAAAGACAGAGAGUACAAAUCCAGGGAGAAAUCUUGGGAACGGGACAUCAAUUACCACAGAGAAUACAAAAAAGAGCCGCCGUUAUUGGACUGCUAUAAGCCGCCUCCUGUUAUGAGGGAUGUUAGUCGCACUCCGUUGGAUUAUAAACGUUCAAUGCCAAAAACCGUCUCUCCCGAACCGGAAGAUGAUGGAGAAGUCAAUGUCGUUGGAGUUUUGAGAUUGCUCACAGCUCUAGAGGAUAAACUAGGCUCGCUGGGACCGAAGGUUGUCGAUAUGCUUGCCAGUGCUUUGGCCAUGGAGAAGAAGGAAGCAAACAGUUCAGAGAACCUUCUGGACAGUGACAUAAACUGUGUACUUUUCGAGACUAUCAAAGAGAAAUUGAAGGGACAAUUACAUGCAGGAUUGGUGGAAUAUCCACAGGAAAAGGCGUUCAAACAGGCAAUCACUAAAAUCGCCAGUUUGAUCCACUUAGCGAGCACCAGAAAGGCCGCCAAUCCACCAAAAGUAGAUCCAGUUAAAGUGCCAGGAGUCGGAACGGUGGACAAAACUGCGAUUGCCAAACAAAUCGCUACCGCCUUAGUCUUGCAAGGAAAGACCGACGUUUCCCAAGCUGAACUGGAACAACUUAUUAACGCUGUUGUUGGAAUGGCAGAAGCGUCAAAAAAUUCAGACAAACCUAUCACUACUGCUUCGUUUUUGGAAAGCUUCUCAAAGAAAACACCGGAAGAAACAGUUGUAGUGAAAGAACCUGAACCCGAACCUGAACCUACGCCUUCAUCAUCAAAGGACACGAUGGACGGACUCUCGGAUUCAGACUUACAAACGCUCUUGCAGAACUUCAAAGAUUUGUCUAGCGAGGAGCAGCAAGGAUUAAUUACAUAUCUUAAGAAACUGGAGGCGAAGGAGCCACAGCGUGUAGAGUCCUUAAGGAAAUUUGUGCAGUUAGGCCAAAACGAUGAUGACCACAAGGAGGAGGGAAGAAUAAGUCCGUUUUCGAAGAAACUGAUCGGUUCCUCCCACACCGACAUCGAUACGUGCUCUUUCGAAGCAGAACAGAAAUCCGAUAAUAUAAACAUCGAUUCGGAAGACGAAUACACCUACGAGGAUGUUUUCAAAGCUGCUAGUAAGAACGUAGAAGAAAGUCAGCUGGAUAUGAAGAGGAAGAUCAUCGAACAAAGCAUAAAGAGCAGCAGCGCGGAGAAGGAGAAACAGCACCAGGAAGUAAAGGUGGAUCUGGACGAGGCGCGUAAUGUGAUUGCGAAUAUAAUGGGUUCGAUAUCUAAGAGUUCUCCUGAAACGGUUCCGACAACUGCACCGGAACCAACUGUGAAUGUCACUACACCGGUUCUUAAGAAAUCCCCAAUCUGUCAUCCACCUCCGAGUGCACCACAGCUACCCACAAGUUCGCCGAGCGUUGUUCCGCGACAUCAGCUAUUCCAGAAGGACUUCGUACAGUAUCCCAACAAGAACGUGCAUAACUCGUACGGCUACAACAAUUACAACAACUUUGGCAACUUCGGUAGCAAUAGUAUGCCAACGCAACAACCUCCUCCCCGUGGCGUUCAUUUCAACGGCAACCCAAGGUUCCAGCGUGGCGGUCACAGCAACUUCAACAACAAUCGAGGUGGCGGCAACGCCAAUUACAAUAAUCAUCGUUGGUGAAUCAGAGAAAUUCUAUUACAAUUAUUAUAAGUGUUCAGUUGAUCAUUAAGAAGUUUUAUAUACAUAUAUAUAUAUAUAUUUAAUGAAUGUCCACUAAGUGUAGCGCACUUCAAAAAGCAGGAAGGAAUUUCAGUUUGGUGAAUAAAUUUUUAAAUUAUAUUUUAUUUAUAUUAUGCAUGGGAUGCUGCAUAAUGUAGUAGGACAUACCCCAUGUGUAAACAUACAUUAUGGAAUGACAA